CCGAAUCUCCAGACACAUGGGCCGCUGCAUCUACACAGGCCUCUACGACCCCUCCAACCCGCUCUCCGACCCUACCACCGGCUUCCGCAAAGACGUAAUGGCCGCCAUGAAAGAACUCCGCGUCCCCGUCGUGCGAUACCCGGGCGGCAACUUCGUCGCCACGUACCACUGGCUCGACGGCGUGGGGCCCAAGGAGCAGCGUCCGAAGCGUCCCGAAUUGGCCUGGCUGGGCGUCGAGAGCAAUGAGUUUGGCACCGACGAGUUUAUGAGGUGGUGCGAGGAGGUCGGCACGGAGCCGUAUCUGUGUUUGAAUUUCGGGACCGGCACGUUGGAUGAAGCCCUCGGAUGGCUCGAGUACUGCAACGGCACGCAGGAUACCUACUAUGCAAACCUGCGGCGCAAAAACGGUCGUCAGGAACCCUACAACGUCAAAUACUGGGCCCUCGGCAACGAAUGCUACGGCCCCUGGCAAGUCGCCCAGCUCACCAAAGAAGACUACGCCAAAAAGGCCUACCAAUGGGCCAAGGCGCUCAAACUCCUCGACCCCAGCAUCACGCUGAUUCUGUGCGGCGAGACGGGGUUUUCCAGCUGGGAUUACUACGUGCUGAAGGAGUGCGUCAAGUGGGACGUCCAUGGCCUCAGCGGAGAUAAGACGAAGAGCUUGAUUGAUAUGCAUUCGAUCCAUUUGUACACGGCGAGUGAGGAGCAUUUGAAGAAUGCCACUGCCCCCAGAGCAGCCGAACGCGCCAUCCAAAUGGCCAUGUCCUUCAUCGACCUCGCGCGCAUCGAGAACAAAGUCCCGCCCACCGUGCCCCGCCAAACCAUCUGCUUCGACGAAUGGAACGUGUGGGACCCCGUCCGCGCGCCAGGCGAGCAGGGCGCCGAAGAGAGGUACACGCUGUCGGACGCGCUGGCCGUAUCCGUCUUCCUCAACGCCUUCAUCCGGCAAGCCGCCUCGGUAGGAAUGGCCAAUAUCGCGCAAUCCGUCAACGUCAUCUCCCCGCUCCUUACGACCCCGAGUGGCCUCGUCAAACAGACUACUUGGUGGCCGCUGCUGCUGUUCUCGAAGUAUAUGCGCGGGCAUACUGUGGCGGUAAAUGUGCGGUGUCCGGAGUACACGGGGCCGACGAAGCCCGAGUGGAUAAGGGGAACGAUUGAAACGCCCUUCUUGGAUUGUAGUGCCUGUAUUAGUGAUGAUGGAUGGGUGAGCCUGGCGAUAGUGAAUGUCAAUGAAGAGAGGGAUUAUGAGGUUGACCUCCAGGGAGUAGCGAAAGGGGACGUCGAGGUACAUGUGGUUACUGGAGAGCAAGUGCAUGUUGUCAACACGGAGGAGGAGCAGAAGGUCGGGAUUGAGGAGAGCAGGUGGAACGGUGAAGGAUCGUUCGUGUUCAAGAAGCACUCACUGACGAUCCUAAGGUGGAAAGCGUAGUAGUAACCGGACAUGACGGCCAGGAGAACCCGGCUCAAGGUGGUCCUAUUGUACCUAAGAUAGACAUUCCCAGCGUUUUGUGAGCUAUCAGUGAAACGCCCCUAUCAACAUGGCCAAAAGCUAUUCACAGGGUAAUUCAGGCGCUAUCCCUUCCUGUAUUCCGCAGUAGCA